CAGACUUGGAUUGUAGUUUUAAAAAAAAGUUUGGGACCAUUGUAACCACAUACUUGGAUUGUAGUAUCACAUUUUAAUAAACGGAAAUUGAGAGUUCCGUCAGACUUUGCACGAUCGAUAAAGAGAGAGCGCAGGAGCCGUACUCUGCCGCUGCCCAGUUUCGUCGGCGAUCGACGACCGUCGUCGAUUCUUCUUCCCUCUCCGGCGUCACUCAGCUUUAUUUUCACCUCUUUCGUGAGUUACAACCUAUUUACAACUAUGCUUGCGGUUAGACUUUUACGGAGGACUUUCUUGGCUGCUGCCAAAUCUGAAUCUACGGGGGUAGGAGCAGCAGGCACUGCAGCUAGAGGAGCAGUACAGAACCCACUCGAGCAGUUCUUUGAAGCGGAUAGAAGUGUAGAUGAUGAUAAACCUGUUGUAUAUGGUCGGAGCUGGAAGGCAUCUGAACUUCGUCUCAAGUCCUGGGAUGAUCUUCAAAAGCUAUGGUUUGUACUUCUCAAGGAGAAAAAUCUGUUGAUGACUCAGCGUCAAAUGCUUUAUGCUCAAAACUUGAGAUUUCCAAAUCCAGAACGAAUCUCCAAGGUAAGGAAAUCUAUGUGCCGAAUCAAACACGUGCUCACGGAGAGAGCAAUUGAUGAACCAGAUCCCAGGAGGUCUAGUGAAAUGAAGAGAAUGAUAAAUGCCCUAUGAGAGAGUAAGGGCUUUUUGUUUAGUAAGGACAGAGGGAUUGUUCUUCACAGUUAUCCUCUUUCAAGAAAUUUGUGUUUCAGAUUAUUAGAGCUGUGGGCAUACUUUUGGGCACAAUCUCUGCUAAUAAUUGGUAGAGCAUGAGGAAUUGGAUGACGUGUUUGGAUCAUUUAAGUUUUAUCUUCACUAUGAAUCUUUUUUUUCAUGUGUAGAACAAGAGGAAAGAACCCGGUUUUGUUUUUUUCUUCUGAUAUAACCAAAACCUAUUAAGGUUGGUUUUGUUAGUCUAACCAAGGUCCUGAACGA